UCUAACAAGGACGUGAGAUGCACAACAACAAUAAUCCCAAUAAGCUGAAAAAGUACAGAGUUAAGAAGAUAAUUAGUUUAUACACACUGCGUUUACUAGGCUCUGUUGCACAGUGUGCGGGCAGGGUACAGAUUCUUCUGUCUGCUAUACAAGUCAGUAAUAUAGUUUUACCGACUUUUACAAUGGGAGAAGAGUUGGAUACUGAACAACAGGAGGAGAUGAUGGAAAGAAGUUAUUCGCAAACUAUGCAAAUUGAUCCCAAAAGGGCUCGAUUUCCAUGCUCUAUUGUGUGGUCACCACUUCCUGUGAUAUCGUGGUUCAUUCCUUGCAUCGGGCACAUUGGCAUCUGCAGAGAGGAUGGAGUAAUAUUGGAUUUUGCAGGGCCUAAUUUUGUGUGUGUAGACCAUUUUGCAUUUGGAGCCGCCACUCGCUAUUUUCAGAUUCCCAAAGAAAAGUGUUGCAUACCUUUGGGCCAGUCUGCGUACAAUGGUGAGGAAGACUACACGCAGGGAGAAAAUAUAGUUGAUUUAAGGACUUGGGAUGAUGCACUGAGGAAAAGCACUCAAGAAUUCCAGCAUCGAUCUUACAAUCUCUUUACCUGCAACUGCCACUCGUUUGUUGUCAAUAAUUUAAACAGGUUGGAUUUCUUGUCUGGUGGAUGGAAUGUGGUGAACCUUGCAAUUUUCAUUUUAUUCAAUGGUCGUUGGGUCAGCAAAGCAUCUAUGCUUCGAUCUAUCAUACCAUUUGUGGUUGUAUUUUUUCUUGGAGUCGCAUUCGGGGGCUUCACUUUCUUGAAGUUUUGGUUCUUUUUCACUUCCAUUCUUAUUGGUUGGUUCCUGCUUGGUACUUAUUGUUUCAAGAACCUGAUUCAGUUGUAGUAUCCGGUUCUCUGGCUCUACUUCGUAUACAAGUGUAAUACGUGCUAUUUUUGGUGAAACAUGGCUAAUUAAUCA